AUGGCGCCGCACGGUAUUCAGCUUGGAACCCUUAAGGACUGUCUCCAGUUCAUGCAGUGGUUGCAUAACGGUACUGGGGAAAGUAUGCAAGGCCUGGUGGCCCAAAAUCUGGAAAGCCGCAUUAAUAAAUAUUUUCUACAGAACGCUAAACAUUUCUCCAUAGAAAACGUUAAAAAGGGCUUAUCCGCAUUCCUCUCCGCCGUGUCGGCGUUUUACACGAGGUUAUGCUACAAUCCAGAUCCUGGCAGUUAUGGCAAAAAAAACCCUAGUGACAUUGUGGACGCUCUCCUCGACUGCCUUCCCAAAUUCCUCGCCGCGAUGUACUUUUUGGAGUACUGCAUAAAUAAUACCUUCGGAUCGCUGGGCGGCGGGGGUUGGCAGUAUGACUGGCCGGGAUAUGAGAAGGAAUGGAGGUGGACGGGUCAUUAUGGAGGUCACCUGCAGAAAUAUCUGAGAGCAACAGUCGGUGACGCCGAUCACUACGGUGGCCUUAUACCUGGGGGGUUCGGUAAAGACGAGGUGAAAUAUAGUAAAAAUUGGUGGGAUCCUGGAUACCCCCAGGGUUAUAAAAUGGCUCUGGACUUACAAGACAUUUUGAGAAAAGGAGAUUACAAUUUCUUCCGCAGCGUCUUUGUCAGUUCCGCUAUUGCGGACACUGGCACCGCUAUGCAGAACACCGCGAAUGCCCUCUCUUUGGUGAGAACCUUUUGCGAUAUUGUGGAUGUGGAAAAAAAAAGAGAUAAUGGUAUAAGUUUGAUAGAAGCAUUAAAUGAAGGUUUAAACAAACAAAUGAGAUCAAAAAAUAAUUCCAUAUGCUGGCAAGACUUACAGUCCCAUUGCGCUCAGCUUAGAGGAAAAUUGAGCAUACUUUUCAACACGGAUAAACGUUUUGACUUCACAGGACAGUCGACGAACACCGGAAACCUUAAUAAAGAGGAGCUUGCAAGGAAAACGGCGGAUUGGUUCAGGGAGAAUCUGACAAAAGUGCGGGGGAAAUUGACGGAAAUUAAAACAGAUGCAUCUCCGAGCAAUGAUCUUGGGGAUUAUUUCACGAAAAAUCUCUUCCCGUACGGGUUCACAUUUGAUGGAAAGCAUCGCUUUGGAAUGACGAAAAGGGAUGUGCAGGAUCUGAUGAGGGAUUGGAGUAGUGUAAUUAAUGCGCUCAGGAUCAGUGGUGACGGCGAUUUAGACAGGCUUAAUGAUAUUUUGCAUGGUAAGUAUAGAGAUUCGUGUAAAACAUCUGAGCCCCCGCCUAAAAAGCCUGAGGUCCCGCCUGCAUUACCUCCCGUAGAACCCAAGGAAGUUGUGCCGGAGAAGAAAGUUCCCGUUCCCAAGAAAGCUGAGGGAGCACAGAACCAGGGGAAGAAAUCGGAAGCGUCUCCAAAUCAGAAUAAUGUUCAAAGCAAAGAUAAGACUCCAGCUCCACCAGUUGCAGACUCUGCUCCGGGUCCGCCUACCGGUAAGGGUGGAGGGUCAGGCCCGUCAGGGCCUAAAGGUGAUAAGAGUAAUCCAGUACAGCAAGGGUCUCCUGAUGCAGUGACCCCGGUGUCUUCUUCGGCUCACGGUUCACCAGUUCAACCUCAGCAAGUUGCUACUCCAAGCUCGUCAGUUCCUCUCCCUCAACCAGCUACCAGCAGUUCUGGACCCCCUGCCCUCCCUGGUCAGCCAGGUUCCCCGGGUCAGGGUACACCUGCCGAUGGUUCUGGUCAACAGCCUGGUGCCAAUCAAGGCAACGUGCUUGCUCAGCCUCCGAGUGUUGUAGGUCCAAGCUCUGUGUCAACUGUCGAUCAGGGGACUGGAUCAACUGGUGGUGGAAGGGGUGGGCUAAGCGGUGACCACGGUGGUGGUCAAAAUGGUAGUCAACAAACAAGUCAAGGCACCGACCACGGUUCAAGUAGCGGCGCUACUGCGUCGGCUGGCCCGGUGCCUGGUGGAGGUGGGGGUGGUGGGCUAGGCAGUUCGGGAACGACAAAAGAUAUGCCUUUUCCGGCUGCGCCUCGACCUAAGCCUACUAAAAUAUGCGAUGUUAAUUAUCUUCUGAACCUAGAUGCCGGUAAAAAUCCAUUCUGUGUAGUAAAACCUCAGAAGUCAAAGCCGGAUCCCAUACGUUUUAGCAGAUCGGAUGAGCAACUGUGGGAAGUUAUACAGGAAAAAAAAUUUCAAGCCGACAUCAAAACAGGCCCUAAAUUUCAUUCAACCAGUAAUCUACCCGGCAAUUUAAAUAAGCUUGAUCACAGCGCUUCCGAACACUCUCCCCUGCCUACUGCCAUCCGUCCAGGUCAUAGGCGUCCAUACUUUGUUCCACAGGAGAGGGAUGCCAGGCAGGUAGAAAGGGACGCUUCAAUUGAAACAUUUGCAGAUGGUAGAGAAGUAGAGGAGAAAGAUGCUUAUCCAAUGAUUAUGAAUGACGCAUAUAGUGGCGCCAUCAGUCUCGAGGGUAAUGCAAAAUUCGACAAUGCUAACGAUUAUCGUCAACUGCUUGACGAGCAGAAGCGUCAAGAGGCGCAUGACCAAUUGGAGCAACAUUACGCUGAGCAACACAAACGUACAAAACAGGAUGAUGAACGUAGAUGGAAGGACGCUUAUGUUGAUUUUGUUUCAUCUGUCAGCGGCGACCCGAUUGACUAUACCUAUCAGGCCGGCGCGUUGGAAGGGAACGUUAUGCCCGAGUUCUCAGGUCUUAUACCGCAACCGGAUACCUUACAUGAUCAGAGUUUGGCGGAGUAUGACAAUCGUAUGGCUCAACGAAACCAGAAGUUGAAAGAACUGACCGCUGCGAAUGAACAUGAAAAUCGUAUCAUCACCGCCAUGCAAGACGAUCACAAACGAAUCGUCUCCGAUGCUCUUGCAGCCGCAGCAGAAUCAAAAGUAAAGGAAGAAGAAUAUUAUGAAGCAUUUUCUAAUCCCCUUAUGGGAACUCCUGUCUCGGAUCAAUCCCUGAUGUCUCUGAAGUCCGGCAAUUACGGUGUUCAACCGCCUAUUGGGGACUUUACCGGAAUGCCCAUAUUAGACCCCGAGCUGGCAUCUUCUUCAAUGCCCAAGGUUGAAUUGGAACCUGCCUUGCCAACACCUCCGAUAGACAUCGAAGUUAGGAACUUCAAUUCGCAAGAUAAUGUUUUAAAGUCUGAAAUUACCCGGACACACCCACCACCUAUAAUCCAUCCCAUUGAUCCGGCCUCACCGUAUGAUACGUAUCCCGGCCUGCCUCCGGUGUCCCCACCGCGAGACCCCAACUCUGAUACCGAGGCAGACUACAAUCAUCCGAGUAAUUGGGGAAAAUUUAAGAAUCACGGUUUAUAUAUGUUUCCUAACCCGGAUAUGUGCAAUAAUCCUUGGAAUUACGUGUAUAAUUCUUCCACCCCUCCACCCCCCUCCCCUCUCCCUGCCUCUGCCCAUCUGCCCCCUCCCAAGACCGUCAGGGAAAUGCUCCACUGGCUUGUGGGCUUGACUGAACUGGGAUAUAUUGGGAUCAUUAUUGAGUACGUUAAGAGCAUUUUGAAGGAGUUUAACAAGGAUGUCUCACAGACUUCAGCUGCCCUUGACAUCACUGAGAAACCAUACACUCUGGAAGCUUCCCAUGUCGCCGGUACCCUGACUGAGGCGUGUCACUACGCGGCGAACGUUCUAUACAGGAUUAAACACAAGGACAAUUCGAAAGUUGUCCCAAUGCCUGACUUCAGCUCAGAAUAUUCCAAGUUUCGUUAUUCCACCGACCCCGCCUGCCUCCUCUGCCAUCUGCGGGACUACGUCUACGCCUGCUACCACCAGUUGACGUUCCUCAAGGUGCAGUGUUCUCGGGAGCAGUCGCAUGGUGGUUGGAAGGAUUGUCAAUAUGGCAAUAAUGUCCCCAAGUCACCCCUCCAAGCCUUCCUGACUGACGCCCAUGACUCCAAGUUCGAGACUGACCUCUUCGACCCGUCUGACAUCUGCAUCAAGAGCCGUGUCAACAUGGGAUUCAAGGAGGAGGAUUUGCCUAAAACUCAACAAACGGGGAAGGACAUUUCCACCAUCCUCUCUCCCCAAUGCGGCGGCGACGAUCCCCUGAUGACGCUGUCCUCUUACCUCAACUGCCUCACCAGGCGAACGCCGCGCACCACCGGGGAGCUUGUCUCGUUCUUCCACAAUUUCGGGAAUUCGCUUCAUAAUGUGUCUUCACAGCUGUCUCCACUGGGCUCCGCCCUCUCCAAGCCACAUCCUCACUGCCCCUACUGGGACAUCCUUGCUGCCGACGACCUACAAGCCAUCAAGGGCAUCCGAGGCUCCUCCCCUCCCAACUCCAUCCACGACAAGGACCAUCCCGAGACACUGUCCACACUAAUUGGCUGCGGCAUCGAUAAUGUCAAAUGCCCACCUCAUAUUUCGUCCACCACCUACCGGGCCUACGCCCUGUACUCUUCCAGCUUCGCCCACGCCUACCUCAGCUGGACGGUGUAUCUACCAGACAGGCUUUGGGAGUCGCUGCUCAAGCUGCACUGUGAUCUCGAGAACCUUCAAUGUCACGACUCCAAGGCCAAGCCUCUCCAUCAAUGUGACAAGGCCAUGCCCCUCCUCUACUCUCACGGGUUCACGCCUCCGGAGGGCAUAACGCAGCCGCUACUCACGUGUGCACAGGUCAUCUCCAGGCUGAAGGAAGUGGUCGCCGGCAAGCCUAUCGCAAGGCUUAUGACCGCCAUGGACGAGUUCCUCUACAAAGUCAGGGAACCUUUCAUCUACACUCAGCUUACACUGUGGUCUGUCGCAAUGGUCUUCGUCGCCCACACGAUGCUCUACCGCAUGGACGUCUUACGCAUCCGCUCCCACCUCCUCACCACCAGGGCCUCCCACCUCAUCGACGUCAAGGCCUUACUCACUAAAGGCCGGAAACUGCUUUCACUGUACCGCGACGUCGAUUACUUCGACGACCACCCAGUUGGUUGGAUUGGACUCUAG